GAUUUCCCUGCUCUAUACUUCACUUUUUCAACAUUUCAAAGCUACCAUUAUCUGUUUCUUUGAAUUUUCAAGGUAGCUUUAUAUCAAUCUGGGAGCUCACCAUUAAAAGCCCAUUGGCUAUUGGUUGAAGUUUCAAGAAAUUCUUGGGAUUUAAGGAUGAGAAAGUUGUGCUUUCCCAAGUGUAGAUUAGGAAGAAUAAUGGGAUGGUUACAGGUUAUGCUAGGAGGGCUUGUGAUAAUUGUGAGCAUUUCGAGCUUAUUUAGGUUCUACUCUGCUGGGUUUUUCUUGCAUAAUGAGGAUAUUUGUCGCCAGUUUUAUGGGUUUAAGGAUGAAUAUGUGGUGGGGUUUGAUAUAAAGGCUCUAACAGCCAGGGUUGAAGAAGUGCUUAGCAAGAUGGAAAGCCUUCAGGACAAGCUUGAAUCAACAGUCCAACAGAUGGAGAAGAACAGAGAUGAGUUGAACAAUGACAAUAUUCCAAGAUUGGAACAUAAAAGGUUCUUGGAGGAAGAAGUGAUCAGACCUCUCUAUGCUGCCCACAUUGCUCUCAGGCAGAUUAGGCUGCCAAGAAAUGAAGGAAUUGAGAACGGGGCAACGACGAUUCGGGAGUACCCUUUGAUCAACAGCUUUGUGAUUGAGGAGAUCAGGAAGUACAUAACCCCAAAAGAGAACAGGCAAGGGAAGAUCAACAUUUAUGGGACCGAAAAGGUUCACAACACGAUAGGCCACGCGUGUGUGGUAAUGAAGAAGGAAUUGGAGGAGUUUAUGGAUUAUGACAUUGGUUCUUACUGUAAGGAUGAUUGGAACCUAGCUCAGAAGCUCAUGAUCCACGGGUGUGACCCCUUGCCCCGACGGAGAUGCUUAACUCGAGCCUCCAAGCUGUAUCAGAAGCCAUACCCGAUAAACGAGUCCCUUUGGAGAAUCCCUGAUGGAAGAAAUGUGAGGUGGAGCAAUUACCAGUGCAGGAAUUUCGAGUGCCUCUCGAGCAAGAACCCGAGAAGGGGGUACACAAAGUGCACGGGGUGCUUCGAGAUGGAGAAGGAGAAGCUCAAGUGGGUGGGGAACAACACUUCAUUGGCUGUUGAUUUCUUGAUCAGAGAUGUUUUGGGGACUAAACCAGGGGAGAUAAGAAUUGGGAUUGACUUUGGAGUUGGGACAGGGAGUUUUGCAGCAAGAAUGAGAGAGCAGAAUGUGACAAUUGUGUCCACUGCUCUCAACCUGGGGGCACCUUUCAAUGAGAUGAUAGCACUAAGGGGUUUAGUUCCUCUUUAUCUGACACUCAACCAAAGGCUUCCUUUCUUUGAUAACACCAUGGAUUUGAUCCACACAGCCGGAUUCUUGGACGGUUGGAUCGAUCUGCAGCUGCUGGAUUUCAUCCUUUUCGACUGGGAUCGAGUCCUCAGACCCGGGGGAUUGCUGUGGAUUGAUAAAUUCUUCUGUAACAGGAAGGAAUUGGAUGACUAUAUGUACAUGUUUCUGCAGUUUAGGUACAAGAAACAUAAGUGGGCAAUUGCACCAAAGUCCAAGGAUGAAGUUUACUUGUCUGCAUUGCUGGAGAAACCUCCUAGAUCUUUAUGAUCAUUAAUUAUAUUGUUUCUUUUACUGUUCUGAUCUUGUUUGUUAUACUCAGAUUUAGCUUCCACACGGCCCACUCUGUAACUCAUUAUUAUAUUAUAAUGAUAUUUUUUAAA